AUGACGGGACUCAACUUCUUCGCCUCAGACGAGCACGACCACGCCCUCACCGCCAUCCUGUCCCACCUCGACUGGCGCAGCCUCCUCGCAGCUUCCGCAACGUGCCGCAACCUCAAUCGCAUCGUCACAUGCAAUUCGUCGCUGCAGGUCGAGCUACGUGCACAAUACUAUGGUUUCCCAGACUGGUACGGCAAGUGGCUGAAGGAUGGCCCCGGCAGCGCUUCUGCCAAGAUCGAGCGCCUCAUGAGCGUGCAGAAGAACUGGUGUAACCUGACUCCCAAGACGAUUUACAGGCUACCUGGGGACGCUCGUGACGCCGACGGCCAGCCAUUUCCGGUUGACUCGCAUCUCCUGGAGUUGCCAUCUAUCAGCUGCGGGCUGGUGGCUCAGAAAAUGCUCUCACCGAGCUCCGAGGAUGAUGGUGAGAGACACCUCGUCGGAUGGGUCAUCACGGACCUCACUCAUUCGCGCAACCUGUCCGUGAAGGAGCUUCCGAGCUGGGCAUAUGCCACCGAUUUCCGAUUCGACGAUAUCGACGUGUGUCGCGAGGACAACGCUGUUGGCGUAAUCACGACGCGCAUUGGAGCGGAAAGCCACCUCUUGGAUGGAAUUCUGGUCUACUGUCGUAUCCACGUGUUCCUUGCAGAGCCUGACGAGCGUACCCACGGUGUGAAUACCGCCAUCCCGCACCCCGACGCCCGGGAUGUUGAGGUGUGCGGCCUGUGUCCCCUCAAAUAUGUUAUUGGAGGGAGGGUGAGAUGGAUGUUCAGACUGUCCCCGGGCGGCAUCGCCGAGGUCGGCAUCGCUGCGCGCAACGGAUGGGUUGCGGUCGAUUGGCGCACUGGGCAGCAGCUUACUGUGAGGUGCGAGUAUGGUGACGGGCUCGAGAUGAAGAAUUGGGGUACCAUGCUGCGGGGCCAAGCACAGCUUCUCAUGGCGUCCGACAACAGUCACCGAGACGGAGGCGACGACGAACGUGAUAUCCCGACCGGAUCCAUCCAAGCUCCGCUAACCCGCCCUGAAGGGCAUGAGGAACGUGGACUUGAAGGCCCUGUUUUCCGCUUUGAGCAUGCUCUGCCGCCCAAUGACCAGCACGACCCUGGAACAGUCGAGGCAUUUGUCGAGAUCCCCCGGCCUCUGCCGCUCUUGGAGGAGUUGGCCAACGUCACCCCGGGUCAACUUGAAUAUCUAUAUCUCGGGGUGUCCUUCGACCCCCACGGGCGUCUGUUUCUGCUCUCUGCGUCACCUGUUGUACACAUGUUGUCACCGGAAGAGGACAAAGAAUCUCUCCGACUUAAUACGUACGUGACAUCGGCCAGGCUGGGGCCGCUGCGCCGCAUGGUCCAGGAGAGGGCGCGGCCUCCCCGUUCAUCAUUUUCUGGCGACGAGUUCAACCGGACCGACGGAUUUCAUAGAGGCGCCGACGGCGGCGAGGAUCCCACAGAAAGUGACGGGCAUGAAACCUCCUCCGAAAAGAACAAGAACUUUGGAAACUGGGAGAAGGGCGCUGCUUUACCGAAUCCCCACUCGCCGACACUCACCGCCAGCCUCAGACGGGCAGACGUCGCCCAAUACUUCACCCACGAGUUUGGUGGGCCAUAUUUCAUCGAUGCGUCACAGGUGAUGGGACUGCGAGCCGUACAUCUUGCGUUCGACCAUCACGGAGGGGCUGCCGCCACCACACUCCUCGUGGGCGACUAUGCGGCCCGGCCUGGGGGAGACGUGCUACACCGCCACCCAAUGGGAGCCGCACUCGAGCUCAGCGGGAGCAAUCGAGCCAAGGAUGUGGCACGUCACUCCUGCAAAGAGCAGGUCAUCCCAUGCAGUGAUGAUAGCGUGCGUCUGACGGCCGCUUGGGAUUGGUCGACCGAGUCGCGCCGUGGUGUCGCAGCAUACAUCUCGACCGGCAAUAGGAAUCCGCUCAUCAUCCGCGCCGAUGCGGAGCACGUGUAUCUCAUCUCCUUUGGGGUUGUUUUUGUGCUCUCUUUCUAG